AUGUCUUCUUCUUCAGAGGUUCUCCAACAACUUGAAUCUCUCAAGGAAGAAAAAGCCAAAAUCGACAACAAAAUAUCACUUCUCGAAGCUCAAUUGAAGGAAAUUAAUCUCCAAAACGGCGCUGCUGCAUCAUCCAAUGGCUCUUUACUGUACCCUACAAAUGGAUUAGAACCUCACAUGAUUCAUAGAUACAGUCGCCACCUUGUUCUUCCUUCCUUUGGUGUUCAAGGACAAACAAAUUUGUUGAAGUCGUCAAUUUUAGUUGUGGGAGCUGGAGGGCUGGGGGCUUCUGCAUUGUUAUAUUUUGCAGCUUCUGGUGUUGGUAAACUGGGUGUUCUUGAUCAUGACAAGGUUGAGUUGAAUAAUAUGCAUAGACAGAUUAUACACACUGAAGCAUAUAUUGGUCAGCCAAAAGUGAAAUCCGCCGCUGCUGCUUGUCGCUCGAUCAACUCAUCUAUUGAAGUCGUGGAACAUGAAGAAGCUUUGAAGAAUUCCAAUGCUUUGGAAAUUUUCAGCAAAUACGAUAUAAUAGUGGAUGCAACAGAUAAUGCUCCCACUCGGUAUUUGAUCAGUGACUGCUGCGUGGUACUAGGAAAGCCCCUUGUAUCAGGUGCGGCCGUGGGAUUGGAAGGACAGCUCACUAUCUACAAUCACAAUGGUGGUCCUUGCUUUCGAUGCGUCUUUCCAACUCCACCACCUAGAGCAGCCUGCCAAAGUUGCGCCGAUGGUGGAGUACUAGGAGUAGUUCCUGGUAUAAUUGGCUGUCUCCAAGCUCUUGAGGCGAUUAAGAUUGCAGCUUCUGUUGGUGAACCACUCUCUGGAAGGAUGCUUCUCUUUGAUGCAUUGGCUGCACGGAUCCGUAUUGUUAAAAUCAGAGGAAGGUCUUCACAAUGCGAAGCUUGUGGAGAAAAUGCAAUAAUGAAUAAGCAGUACUUCCGAGAAUUUGAUUAUGAGAAGUUCACUCAAACUCCCUUGUCUGAGGCUCCAUUGAAGUUAAAUCUACUUCCUAAAGACUCGCGAAUCAGCAGCAAGGAGUACAAUGAAAUCAUUCUCAACAAAGAACCACAUGUGCUUGUUGAUGUUAGACCAGCUCACCAUUUCAAGAUUGUGUCUCUUCCGAAUUCGGUCAACAUUCCAUUCGCAGAUAUAGAGUUUAGGUUGCCUGAAAUUUCGUCAAUUUUGAAGAAAGAGGAAGAGGAAAAACGUGCAGAAUUGUAUGUUGUUUGCAGAAGGGGAAAUGAUUCUCAAAGGGCUGUUCAAUAUCUUCACAAAAUGGGGUUUGGUUCUGCUAAGGAUAUUGUUGGAGGUUUGGAGUCUUGGGCUAAAAAUGUUGAUCCUAACUUCCCUACUUAUUAG